GGCAGUGUGGCAGGGACAACAGUCCCAGUCAUCUCAGCUUCUCUCUAGGCGAGAGAAGGACUUUAUCUACACAGCAGGCAGACACACUGUCAGAGCUGGGAGCAGCUCACACACACAUUUAUAUGCACACGCAUUGACUGACUUACACACGCACUUCAGCAUCUAACCACAAAGCAGCUGACCUUACAUCAAAGCGGCACAAAGGAGAGUGAGUGAAAGGAGAGGAGUCGGCACUGAAUCAGAGGAGAACACUGAGUAACUCCGCUGGAAACAGUCCAGAGGACAGGAGAACAGGGACGAGUGAAGAGGACGAUUACGCAGUACAGAGAGGAGAGAGAGAGGACCAUUUGAUUUCUUACAGACGGACAGCAGAGUCCAAUAAAAACCAGAGAAUGGAGACUUCACAGACAGACCCAUGGAGACAGAGUCCUGGAGAUGCUACUCUAUGAGACGCCUGCGUUGAUCUCUCUAGAUCACUCUGCCUACAUCUGGCUCUCUCCCUCGAGCCUAAUCAUUGCAGCAUUCAACAUAACCACAGCACUCCGCCAUGCCCCUGUUCAGCUGGAUGAAAUGGUCGCGUGCUGAACGACAACAGGCGAAGGAUGAGAGGGCGUCUGGCAAGUCCACAGGGGUAUCACCCAGCUGCACACUGAUCAGGGAGCUGUUGUGGCACGUGGAGGAGAGGGAGUGCAUGGCACGGGAGGUGGAGCAGGAACACAGGCUGGCCUACAACACCGUGGGAUACCCCCACUGGCUCCAGAGCUACCCCAGGUUACGCACGCUGAUCCCUGCAUCAGAGCGCCGCCAGCUGGAGCACUUGUGUGCCCAGAUCCAGCCUAUGCACACCGCUACGGUGCUCUCCAGGUUCCGUGACGUGCUGGCCAGCAACAACAUCCUGCCCUGGGAGCUGGUGUAUGUCUUCAAGCAGGUGCUGAGAGACUUCCUCAACAAAGAGGAAGGGGAGGAAGAGGAGGAUAACAUGCCGCAGCCAGAACUGCUUGGGCCAAUGGAGGCCUGGACCAACCGAUACCAAAUGAAGCAGGGCUUUGUCACACCUACUGUGCCCAACUGUGGUGAGCCCCAGAGAGAGGAGAUCCCAACCAUCUCUGGCUACGUGGACCGUACCAUGAGAGGCUCUUAUCCUUUCACUGCCCAUAGGGUCUGGGACCUUCCCUACUACUACCCAGUGCCACAUAACUCUACAGAGGCUUACAGCACCCCACUGUGAGAGCUGGUGGGGUGGUAAAGUAGUACCCAACUCAUGACCUUACCGGCUGCUAUCCUUGUUAGGUCAUGAGUGAAAGAGUUGUCAUCUAAAAAAUAUGUUACAGAUUCAUUUUAAUUAGGACUGCAACAAAAUCUUGCCCUGGACCGGCACUUGCUUGAGGGCAGAUUCAGACAUGCAACAAUGGAUACUGCUAGCUACCUGGACUAGGGGUGCAUCUCAAUAGACUACUCAGUUACUCUAACUACUACUGUAACUUAGCUAGCUACUUCAUUUGCACUGAUUUGAUAAGUCAACCCGUACCUAGGAAUUUUGGCACCUGGCUAGUUAGCUAUUUUACUGUGUUAGUAUUACUAUUGUAGCUAAAUAAUGCUAUUUUAAUUGGCUAGCUAAUAUUUACUGAAAAUUAUGUAGCUAGCUAUGUACCUAACUAAAAGGUUUAAAGCAAAGUUCCUUUCAUGUUAGCUAGCCAGCCAACAAAUGUGAACAUGUGUGACAGUUUCUAGGUUUCCAUCCAAUUGGCAACAGAUUUUCAUGCCAUUAUUCUAAAAACCGCAUAAAAACAAUGAGCAUUUUCCCAACAGAGAUGUUUCCAUCAAAUGGCGUUGUUGCAGCUAAAAGCCUGUGCGUAAUGACUUAGUGCACAUACAAAUACAUUGUGGUGCAAUUCCCAUGUACAAGUUAAAUGUGUUUCCAUCGCAUUUUCAACUCUACUGAUGGUUCUCACAAAAAUUGUUGGGUUAUAUAGCUAGUGUGCCCACUCUGGUAUUGGCACGUGUGCUCUAGCCAACAGCGCGCAGAUAAAGUACUAGAGCGCACAUAUAGCCUACAUUAUGACAUUAAUUAAGAGCGAGAUUAUUUGUAUAUGUCAAACGGCAGCCAAGCAUCGAUGAUCAUGUCAGCUGAAUAAGACCCUCGAUAUUUAUUGAAAGGUGCAUUAAGCGCAUCACCCUGUGAAAUUCAAUGUAUUUAAUCUGUAGCCUAAUAAACUGCAUGCUUUCCCGAGGAGUCAUCGAUAUGGUUAUUUUAUCAAUGUCGAGAUUUGAGAAGUUUCCCGAAAAAAAAUAUAUUUCCAUCAGGCCUGUCAUUAAAUUUUUUUAGCCUACGUACUUUAAUCGCAUAAAAUGGUUGGAGGGAAACCUGGUUAGUGCAGGCAGACUGUACCGUCUUUGGUGCAAGGGAACAUGUGCAAGCUAGCUAACGUUAGCUAGCAAUGCCAUCUACAUUUUUCUAGCUAGCUAACUAGCUAGCUAACCAACUGAACUCACCUCUGUAUAGGCGAUAUGCACAGGCGAGCAUGACGUAUUUCCGGUUAAAUCUCAGGAUGGAUAUAAACUUCCGGUUAUCGUAGAAUGCUGUGCUACCGUAUGCUAGCAUUGAAUGCUUGUCGUCAAAAACAUCCGAAACUGUUAAUUUUCGUCGUUGUUGUUGUUUAUCUUAAUGUUUAUGUUAAUGUUUUUACGUGUAAUACUUCGUCUUGACUUAUAACACGAUGACGUGUAAACGUACGAAAGUACAGGAGGGACGACAGACAUGCCACAUUCAGAGUAAUGGGCAGUCUGAUAUAGUAAUGCAACCAAAUUAUUGCAUA